CCCCUUGGCCGCGCGGGCGCAUUGGCUGCCCGGGGCGCGGGCGCACCGUGGCACUUUGAACCAGGAGUCCGACGGCUGCUACUAGAGUUCGGGUCGUGUCGGGUCGAGUCGAGUGGGGUCAGGACCGACUUCGGGCAGGGGUAAAGCGGACUGGGCGUCCAUUCUUCGGGCCAUGGCAGCCGAGGCUCGCGUGUCACGCUGGUACUUCGGGGGGCUGGCCUCCUGCGGGGCCGCCUGCUGCACACACCCGCUGGACCUGCUCAAGGUGCAUCUACAAACACAGCAGGAAGUAAAGCUGCGAAUGACCGGCAUGGCGCUGCAGGUGGUGCGCACCGACGGCAUCCUGGCUCUCUACAAUGGCCUGAGCGCCUCACUGUGCAGACAGAUGACCUAUUCCCUGACCCGAUUUGCUAUCUAUGAGACCGUGCGGGACCACCUGACCAAGGGCAGCUCAGGGCCUGUUCCCUUUUACAGCAAGGUGCUGUUAGGAGGCAUCAGCGGUUUAACUGGAGGCUUUGUGGGCACCCCUGCAGACUUGGUCAAUGUCAGGAUGCAGAAUGACAUGAAGCUGCCUGUGAAUCAGCGGCGCAACUAUGCCCAUGCCCUGGAUGGCCUGUACCGCGUGGCCCGUGAAGAGGGCCUGAGGAGGUUAUUCUCUGGUGCAACCAUGGCAUCCAGCCGCGGGGCCCUUGUCACCGUGGGCCAGCUGUCAUGCUACGAUCAGGCCAAGCAGCUGGUCCUCAGCACGGGGUACCUGUCUGACAACAUCUUCACUCACUUGGUCGCCAGCUUCAUUGCAGGUGGCUGUGCCACUUUCCUGUGCCAGCCCCUGGAUGUGCUGAAGACCCGUUUGAUGAACUCCAAAGGCGAGUACCAGGGGGUUUUUCACUGCGCUGUGGAGACCGCCAAGCUGGGACCAUUGGCCUUUUAUAAGGGACUCUUUCCUGCUGGCAUUCGUCUGAUUCCACACACUGUGCUCACCUUCGUGUUUCUGGAGCAGCUGCGGAAACACUUCGGCCUCAAGGUGCCCACCUGAGGCCUCAGCAUCAGGCCCCAGAUCGGUGGAAGGGUGCGGCCCCCCCACCUUCCUGGUCUGGGCCCAUGGAGUGCCCACCAAGUUCCUUUCCUCCCUGGGUCCCUGCUGGCCCCUCUGCUCCCCACUGGGCAUUUGCCUGGCCUUGUCCCUCCCCACUGACAGUUCACUCAGGAAGAGGGCAAGAGCGUCGUCCCUCAGGAUGGCUUCCUAUCCUCCCCGCCCGACUCCCUCUUCCCAACAGGCAGUCACUGCAGAGCAGGGAGGGGCGGGAUGACCUGUGCCCUGCUCUGGCUGAGGUUUGCUCCAGAAGCAGCAGCAUCUUCCUGCAGCCUCCACUGAGCAAGGCCCUGGACAGCAGGGUGGGGCUGGGACCCUGUAGCUGCCCGCCAUACUCGUGAACACAUGCACUUUACUCUGACAAGAGGGACCACAGCUUUAGUACCCUCAGUGGUAGUGCCUCCCGCAAGCCCUGCUCCUGUGAGAAGGGACAUGUGACAGAUCACCAGCCAGUGCCAGGAUGGCAGGUCCCCCCAUACCCCUUGCGGGUGCAGCCCCAGAUGCUUGAAUAAUUCGCUUUGCCUGACAAAACCUCAGUGCCCACAGCCUGCUGCUGUCCAACCAGCUGGUGCCCAGGGCCCUCAGAUGCCUGCAGCCUCUGCUCCCCAGCUCCCUGGGAAAACGGCCACAGGCAGCAAUGGGCUAUGGUGUGUCCCCCAGGACUGUGGUCACCCCACAAGAGCACAUAACAGCCAGAACCGCCACCAAAGCAGCCCAUCUCCCUGUUGGCCUGCAGCUAUGCAUGGGUCCAAUAAAGGAGUGACCUGGGUGACCUGC